GUUUAAUCUAAAUACCGCAUGUACUAUUAAGUCUUAGAUGCGACUUGCGAUUUGUUAUAAUACAAGUUAUAGACUAAAGUCACGAUGGUCCCAACUGGGACAAAGUUACGAAUAUCAACGAUCUUAAAAUCAAAUUAUCUUGAUUCAUUAAUUUCAAUCUCAAGAAAUAUUUGUGUAACUAAUUUAGUAAAUAAAGACGUAUCUAGUUCUAACAGGUGGCUAGAGAGGCAGAAAAGAGAUAUUUUUGUUAAACAAGCAGGCUUGGAAAACUAUCGUUGUCGCAGUGCCUUUAAAUUAUUACAAAUUAAUGAAAAGACUCAAAUCCUUAGACCAGGUCAUUUUGUUAUCGACUGUGGCGCAGCACCUGGAUCUUGGUGCCAAGUUGCAGUACAGAAUGUUAAUUCAACAGGGAAAGGUGGGCUAUCUAAUUAAAGUGUAAAGUUAUUGACUUAUUUAAAAUUAAGGCAGAUUAAUAAUUCAUCUAAUUCUUAUAUCAGCCUUUAAUCUUGUAUAAUUUUCACUGUGAUUUUUAAAUCAUAAAUUUUAUGCUUUAUUUCUUUUAAAUUAGUUUAUUGCUUAAACUAUAUUACAAGUAGCCAAAAAUAGUUCAAAUAGGCUUUCAGAGUACAUCACAAGAAAUAAUAAUAAUGAGAUGUUCUGCCAUAAUAUCGGACUGGACGAUUCUGAUAACUCCUACCUGUCCCCUAGUGCCAAGCUGUAUCAUCCAUUUGAUGUUACCCUUGGGUCACCAGCUGAGUGAAGAAUGGGAAUCUGCUGACUCUGAAACAGUCAAACAGCUAAAUGUCCAUAUAAUUAUAUAACAUUACACCCUUCCCAGGUCAAUGAAUCACAACUUCCAGCAUAACCACUCCAUAAUUAUUCCCAAUAUUUUGACUGAAUUGUCUUUAUUUUUAUUAUUUAUUUUUAGUUGUGUUACAACUAGUUUUAAAACAUAUAUUUUCAAUUACAGAUCCAAACAAACCUAAAGGUUUAGUAAUAGGAAUAGAUUUACAACAUAUGUCUCCUGUUGAAGGUGCUUACCUAUUGCCAGGCAGUGACUUCACCAAAGUGGCAACACAAGCUAAAGUGAAAGAAAUCCUUUGUGAUCGCAAAGCUAAUGUUAUACUUAGUGACAUGGCUCCAAGAGCAACUGGUCAUAAGUCUCACAACCAUGAAAUUAUAGUUGGCUUGUGCUUUUCCGUGCUUCAAUUUAGCCUGUCUGCACUGUCACCAGGGGGCACUAUGGUAUGCAAGCUAUGGGCAGGUGGUGACCAAUCCAGGCUUGAAGCAGCAAUGAGGACAGUGUUUGAACAAGUUAAAGUUAUGAAACCUGAAGCAAGCAGAGAUGAUUCAUCGGAAAUUUUCUUGUUAGGCAAAGGAUUCAAAGAGUUGUAAGAAACUUCACAUUCAAAUGUGGUCUGAUUGAAGCUAACCAAUAUGAAAUACAAUCAGCUCAUGUUCUUUGGUCUAAAAAUCUUUAUAAGUGCUAUGCUAUAUAUGGAAAAAAAAAGUGUGAAUGUAAAUAAUUAACUUCAUCUGUACCAUAGUUUUGAAAGAUAAGAAUGAAAUGAUGAUGUAAACAUAGGAUUUUCACAAAUAUGUUGUGAUAUGUAUGCAAGUGUCUGCAUGUUUUUAGGUAAUUGUAUUAUAAAUUUAAUUCAUUAUUUCAGGAUAAUGUUCUUGUAUGUGUAAGUCUUGAAACAUAGCCCCUUUUUGUGUGCAACUAUAUGUACAUGAAUAACAUGAUCCAUUUGUUAUUUUUUUUUUAUGGUUGGAACACAAGGUGCAUAAAAUAAAAUGUGUUUUUUUGAAACAAUGUGCAUCAAUUGUAUUUUACAGACUAGUCAGCCGAUUACAGAAAAUUAUUUUCAGAUGUAAGAUACCGGGUACCGGUAAAUCUAAAGGUUUAAUGUAAAAAAAACCAACACUUUUGGAUUUUAUGGAAUUUUUAAUUUUAAAAAUUCCUUAAUGAGUUUUGUGCAAGACCCAAACAAGCUAUCUUAAAUUUUUCUCCAUCAUCAAUUUUGUUUACUCAUCCCCUUUGCCUAGUAGACACUUCAUAACAUUACACAUUUUUCCUUUGUUUUGGUGAAGAAAUUGAAUAGCUUCCAUAGACAUAACCAAAUCAUUUACUGUUUUUUGUAUUGUUAUUUCCUUGCAGUUAUUGUUAUGUGUAUUGAACAACAGUAGUGAAUAAAAAAAAAAUUCUUGCCAAACUAUAUUAUUUUGGGUGCUCU